AUGGUGUCAGAGAAGUUCAUGGACUCUGCUCAUGACCCCUGGGGAACAGGUAGUGUGAACCUCUGCUCUCAAGACAUGUCCUGCUAUGACCAGUGCCUGCCCUGCCAGCCCUGUGGCCCAACCCCACUGGCCAACAGCUGCAAUGAGCCCUGUGUCAGGCAGUGCCAGGACUCCAGAGUUGUCAUUGAGCCUCCUGCUGUUGUGGUGACCCUGCCUGGCCCCAUCCUCAGCUCCUUCCCACAGAACACCGUUGUGGGCUCCUCCACCUCUGCUGCUGUUGGCAGAAUCCUCAGCUGUGAUGGAGUGCCCAUCAACUCUGGCUGCUGUGACCUGUCUGGCAUUUCCAGCCGCUACUUUGGCAGAAGUACUCAGGGGCUGGUGAACAGCAGGGAGAAAGCUUUUGUGUGGGUGAAUGAGCUCAAGCUGGGCACGUUACUCUCAUUAGCGGCACCUCCACUUCACAGCUCCACUGAGUGUUUCCUCCUGUCUGUCAUAGCUUAUGAUCAGUUCAUAGCCAUAUGCUACCCUCUGAGAUACAGCUCCCUCAUGAACAGUGUCCUCUCUGCUGGGCUGGUGCUCAGCUCCUGGCUGGAAGGUUUUCUGGCCAUCUCUCUGCUGGCCUUUCUGACAUCCAGGUUGACAUUGUGUGGGCCAGAUGUCAUCAAUCAUUUUCUCUGCAGUAUUGAUACCUGCCAUGCCCUCUCCUCCAGUGAACGACAUGUGGAACUAAUGAUCUUCCUUGUCUCCGUAGUUGUUGUGGUAACCCCCUGUGUGGUCACUCUCAUCUCCUACAUGUACAUCAUCUCUUCCAUUCUGAAAGUCCAGUCAGUCCAUGGCUGGAAAUAGGACUUUUCCACUUGCUCUGUCCCUCUCAAUGUCAUCAAGAUUUGGUAUGAUUCCACCAAGUUCCAGUAUGUCAAACCAUCAGCAGAGAACUCCCUGAGUCUGAAUAAACUUGUGAUAACCUUUUACACGGUUUUAACUUCUUUGUUGAAUUUCUUCAUUUACACACUCAGGAACAAAGUGAAGCAAGCUCUGGGGUGGGCUUUCCAGGAAGUGUGA